AUGAUGGACCUGGGGAAGAAGAUGGGGGACAAGCUGGAGGAGUUCGCGCCUUCGCUUGUGUCGGCCUUGACAUCGACGGGGACUUCGGCGAGCUCCGCCUCCGCGUUCGCGACUUCGCCUGUGUCGUCCUCGACAUCGACGGGGAUUCUGGCCAGCUCCGCGUCUACUAUUUCCUCCGUGCCCUUGGCUUCUGUGCUAGCUCCAUCCUCCUACUCUGUGUCCGUGACUCACGCACAGACAUCCCCGGGAUUGGCGUCCCCCUCUUACUGCUCGCCAGCACCCACCACGGUGGCGUCUUCUGCGCCGGCAUCCACCACGGUUUCUAGGGCCGUCGUCGUCGCUCCCUUGGCGCCCGAGGCGUCGAUAUCCUUACGCCCCUCGACGACGCCCUUGGCUGCCCAAACGUGCUCGUCCUCCAUGGCUUCCUCGGCCGCGGAGGCACCGCUGAUCACCUCGUUUGCACCUCUGUCGUCCUCGACGGGUACUUCGGCGACCUCCGCUUCUGCCCUCGCUCCGUCAGCCUCUUCUUCUUCAGUUAUGCUACCAAUUGGAUUGGAAAUGAACAUAAAUCAACCAAGUAGUAUAUGUUGACAUGGCUUUAUACUGCUUU